AGGGAAAGGGUGACUGGCGGACCCGGCUGUGGCGAUCCGAAGUCGCGGAUUCGGCACGCCGUGGUUUACCGAACGUAAUAUGGCGUACAAGUUUCGCGAGGAGAUCGUGGGAAAGAGGUUUCUCUCGGUGAGUGGUUUCACCAAGCUGAAGGUGAAUAAAAUUAGUGAGUGGGGUUGGCGUGCGGGGGUGAUACGUGCCGCCAGUCACAGGGAUAACGGCUGUCAUGACCUUCAGAUCCUCGUAGAGUACGACGACGUGGAAUGGCAAAGGAGGGAGUGGCUGUCACCACAUAGGGAUGCCGUAUUUUCCUUCUUUCUCAUUGAAAGAGGUCUCUAUUGGGCUGAACGACCUGACCCCAGGCACGCCAGUCUCAUCCCCAUCGAUCAUCAUAAUCACGCGAACAAUAACCACCAUCAGCACCGCAUUAACGGGAAAUCGCUCAGAGGCGCCACGGCGGUCGCCGACACCGUUGCUUGGCCAGCUCUUACUUUUUAUCCUCUCGUGGCACGCGCCGAGUUGCACGAGGACGCCAUGCCGAUCGAAUUUAUGCAAGAUCGCAAACUGGACUUCGUCGAAUACUCCAAGCUGAAGCCGUUCACUCAGGACUGGGAGCUGACUAAGGGCGCAAUGCCCUGGGGAAACGCCGUUAGAAGAUGGGCCGAGAUGCAGGAUGGUCAGAGGAUUCUGUUGACUACGCCCAGCGUUCUGGUCGGUUUUAGGGUCGAAGUUUAUCGGGCGGAAGGCACUACACAAUGGUACACAGCCGUGAUCGUCGGUUACAACGAGUCCACUAAGGAUCUGACUGUCACCGACGAUACGGUCCUCGAAGAUCACAACGAGGAUCCCACAUUAGUACAAAUGCGGCUGAUUGGCGAUGGAGUCGUCGAGAGCAUCAUGAGGGGCGAGGUCGUCGGCAUGACACCAAGGAGGUCGAGGUCAUCGACUGCUCUGACGCACGCGCUCGUUGUGCCACGACCCGGAAGAAGGCCUCGAAGGCGACCAGGAAACGCAGCGCAGUUACAGACAACUCCGAGGGUACAAAGCCCGAUAUCGCAGCAGCUCGAAAAAGAGAAGAACAAUGCCCGUAACAAUCGACGCCGACGCGUGAGCGAAGGUGCCAGUCGCGAGAAAAACGAAAAAGAUUCGGCGGAAUCCACGCGGCAACAAGAGGAUCGCGAAAAUAAAAGUCCGCCGUUUAGCAAGGUAAGCAAUCGUGUUGCGCGGCCGGUGUUAGAAGAAGCAAACAGUGCAUCGGGAAGUGCUUCGAAACUACGAAGACGUGGCGCCGCGGUAAAGAGUCCGACCACCGACCAGGGGCCGCCGGCACAGCAUCAGAGACCGGCACGAAGAAGACCGAGGCCAGGAGGUGGCCAAGAAGUCAAGACAGACGCAGAGGGAGAGUCUGUCGAGCAUCAUCAUCGUACCGGAGCGAGAGCCGACAAGGACGAACGCCUCGGUAACAGAUCGGAAGAAGAGGAGGAGGAAGAGGAAGAGGAGGAAGAGCGUCUCGAGGGAGAGGAUGAAGAGAGUCAGGAACGCUGCGAUCCACUGACUAAGCGGCUAAGAACAAGCCCCGUCGGCAGAAAGCUCAGAUCGGAGAGUAGUAAGAGCAAAAACACCGAGGAAGCUGCAGCGGAUCGGGCCAGAGGAUCGGUGGUGGAAGCAGAGGGAGAGGACGAGGAGGAAGACGACGACGAGGACGACGUUGAGGAGGAAGCGGGGGCGGAAAAACACGACGGGGCCGAACGAGAGGUCGGUAAACUUGAAGAGGACGAGGAGAGUCAGUCCAGGGAGAGGGAUAGAGAACCCGAGCCACCACCUCCGGACAAAGUCGAUCCCGGAGGCGAUCCGGCUUCCAAGGAGGAGCAACAACCGGAUAACAAAUCAGAAUCAAGAAAGGACGUUCGCGUGACCGAUUGGGACAUAGAUAAGGUCGGCGAGAAUAAGGAACAACGACAGCAACAGCAACAGCCACCGCAGUUACUCGUGAAUGGAUUGCAUGUCGAUUCGCCGCUGGUCAGCGAUAAGACGAAUGCCAUCCGCGAGGGCAGUCCGUCUGUGCUGAAGUCGACUCGAUCAAAGACAAAAGGUUUUGCGGAAGAAGCCAGAGAGGACGUAGCGGCGGCGGCGGCGGCGGCAGAGGACGAUCGCGACGAAAACGCCAGUGAGGAAGAGGUGAGCUCGCAGCGAUCACGACGCACAGAGCUGACUACCACCGAGUUAGGCACGGAGGAUAGCGUGGGUAGCGUCGGCGGCGUUAGGGCGGCCAGCGUCGAAUCGGUCGUCGAGCUGCUGGAGUCGAGCAGUCAGGACUCAGGCUCCGUGCUGGAGAGGCUGAGUCCGUUUAGUAGCAGCGGCGGCGGCGGCCCCGGCAGGCAGAGCAGCCUGCUCCUGGAACAGCAGCGGGAGCAGGAGCGCAAUCGGCACAACGAGAGCCCGAUCAUCCUUGCCGAGAGACUGAACAAGCCGCCACCGCCGAUCGCCGGUCACCAUCAUCAUCCUCAUAUACAAUCUUACCAUCAGCCGCUUCAUCAGCAACAACAGUUCCAUCAUCACCAUCAACAGCACCACCAGCAGCGUUAUUCCGCCAAUAGUCCGGUGAUCCAUCACCAUCACCAGCAGCAACAGCAACAGCAGCAGCAGCAGCAGCAGCAGCAGCAACAACAACAGCCGCCGUCGCAACAUCAUCAUUAUCAGCUAGCGAGCAGCCCGCAUCAACAUCAUCACCAUUCCACCGCUCGCCUGACCCCGUCGAGCCUCCUCGAGGUGCAACAGCAGUCUCACACAUCGAGGGGUGGCGAUGAGGCCGGCCUCAUGGAAGUGGAGGCCGGGGCCGGUAUACCUGGAACGGGCGUACUCGUCGGUGUGCCUACGGCGGUCGGUGGCAUACGGUCGUCGGGAGGCAGCAGCGGCGCCGCCGGUGUCGCUACUUACGGCGACAGCGGCUCCGACAGCGGGGUAAGCUCGCUGAAGAGCGCCAGUUCUGGCGACGAGAGGAGCGGCAGCAGGAGCUCGGCGCUUAGCGUCGAGGAGACAACAUCCUCCUCGACACCGCUAGUCCCCGCCGCUGCCGCCGCUGCCCCGGCCAGGAUCUGGCACGUGCAGAGCGUGCAACACACGUCCCUAUUGAUGGCGCAUCCGUCCCAGGGCGCGCCCAACGCCGGCGCUAGUGCCGCAGCCACGGCGCCGCCGGUCGGCUACCACAGUCCAGCUCCUCCGAGUCACCAUGCUGCCGAGAUGCUCUGGAGGCAGUCCAGGACCGCCUACCCGCCACUCUCCCACACCCUCUUAGGCCCACAACCAUCCAGUCCGGAGGAGCUGCUUGAAAGAGAGCGCCACGAAAGAAUGCUGCGGGAACGUCGUGAAGUGGAAGCACGCGAGAUGGAGAAGGUCAAGAUGGAACGGGAAAGGCUUGAGAAACAGAGGGCCGAAGAAGCGGUUCAUAAGCACUUUCAGGAAUCACUUAGGCUGGCACAACAAAAGGUAUCUUAUGUCCCGCAGAGGAACAUGCAGUCGGCCUCGAUGGCUGGAUGGAGCGCUUUCAUGCAGGUACCGCCCGCCGCGGCACCGUCGGCUCAACAGGUUCGACCUUUGAACGUAUCCGGAAAAGUAGAGUACCCGCCACCACCGGCGCACUCGCGGACGUCAAAGUCGUCGUUGCAGGUUGCCGGCCUGCACGAGAAACCGUCGGUGGUUUCGCACAGCUCGUUACCGAAAGCCGAGCCGAACGUGAACUUGUUCAACUACUCGUCGACGUAUCAGCCACAGUCAUCUUGCACGUCAUAUCUGCAUGAUCUCAAGUUAAAGAACGAGAUAGGACCGCACAAGUCGCUAUCGAGCAAGAGCGGGUUGGCCGGCGGCCUCGAGAGGGACCAUCAUGGCAGAGAGGUACUACAGAACCCGCCAUCCUUACUGCCGGAUUACAAGAGUUCGGUAAUUGUGAAAAACGAGGGCAGGGAGCUACCGAAGACACCGGCACCGCAACAACACUCGUCCAGCCCGAAGAUAAUGCCUUACAUGAACGUCCAGUCGGUGGCGCCGCAGCACAAGUCGUCAGCGUACGAAUACAGAAGCCCAACGCAGAGCCCACAUCACCUGCAUCCCGCGCAUCUGGACGGUCUGCAGGCGAAGAGCAUCGCGGCGUCCGCGAGUCACCAUCGAGGCGGCGGUGGCGGCGGGGGCGGUGGCGGUGGCGGAGCGCCGACGACGACGACGCAACUGCCGAGUCCGCACGGUCAUCCACCGCCACCGCCGCCGGCGCAGCCCGAGCCGCGCCUGCACUCGCACAAUCCUCGUCAAUCCCCGCACGCCCCGCCACAGCAGCAUCCGCACCAGCCACCGGCGCCGCCGCAUCCAUCGCCGCCUGAACCGCGCUAUCUCAGCAGGCCGGAAUCUGCGGGUCUGCCGUACGGCGCGGCCAAGUCUACGUAUCCGUACCCGCAUCCGCAUCCGCCCACGGCCUCGUCGACGACGUCGUCGCAUUACGCUGCGCCGCCGCCGGCCGGUUCCAAGCCGAAAGUCAGCAGCCCGGCGCCGCCGCACAUGUACGGCAAGCCUAACUGCGGUAUUACUAAUUGCGGCAUUAUAGCCGGCACGCCGGUCUGCCGUGCCUCCGAAACGCCUGUCGCCGCGCCGAUACCGCUGACCUCGAAGGCCGGCAGCUCGCCUUACCAGCAAGUGCCUCAUCAUCACGGGGCGCCGCCGCCACCGUUGCCGCCACCUGCGCACAGCCGGUCCGUCUACGACAGUCGCUUCCCCGGCUCAUUGCCGGGCGCGAAACUGCCGCCACCGACGUUGCAUGGCUCGCCGCCCACGGUCGCCUCGGCGCCACUCUCAAGGCCGAUCGCUCAUUCCGCUCAUCUCAAUACCAGCCCGCACCAGCAACCCGGUCAAACGUUGCAGCACGCGCAGCCCCAGAUCACCACGGCCUUCCAGACGCAACCGCUCGAUCUCGGUGUCGAGAGGUCGGGCUCACCGAAGAGGAAAGCACCGACGCCAUUGUUAUGCGACAAUACCAGCGGCCAACCGGUGUCGUUGGAAGUUUGUAAGAAGCGAAGGACCGAGGAACCACAACCAUUAUCUUUACAAUCCGUUGGUCCGCCCGUUCUUUCCAGGGUGAGCGAGCCCAGCCCGCUUAUCGCUUCAGCCGCUACGUCUAUCACUACAGUUGUCAACACUGCAGCGUUGCUGGCGCAGCCAAAUAAUCAGGUAACGCAAGAGCAGCGCACGGUAACAGUGGUGAGUCCGGCUCCGGGUAACGCCAGCGGUGACGGUUCCGUACGACCCGCUAGCACCGGCAGCGUAUGCUCGCUAAAUCCAACGCCAGUGAGCGCGGCACCAAGUCCGGCGCCCAUCCCUAGCCCGGCGCCGUCCACAGCACCCAGCCCAGCGCCCAGUGCGCCCGGCACGCCCGCCAAGACAAACCCCAGCAACACGGACAGCGAGAAGUGUAACAGUCCGGCACCGAGACCUCCUAGCAGCACCAACUAUCCAGUACAUAAACUGAAAAAGGCGUGGUUGCAAAGACACUCGAGAUGCGAAGACGGCACCGAGAACACUAUCAGUAUGGCCGGCAGCAUUACGUUACCUCUCAACAUCUCUCGUGAGACAACGUCCUCGAAUAGUAAGAACCGCGACAAUGCGCCGACUACUUGUUUGCCUAGCGCGGUUAAUUCGAUCCACAAUAUCGGUAGCAUGGCAGUAAACAGCAUCAACAAGAGCAAAGUUACUGGCAGGAGCGGCCGAAAACCGGCGAACAAAGAGUCGCUGAACGGUCACGCCACUGAUACAAGCAAGACCCCACAGGAGGACUCGUCUAGCAGCGACCCGGAGAGGAAGUCGCCGCCUAAACGGAAGCCACCCAAGGUAAAACGAAAGAAGGGCGCCGCACGGAGGCAACAAACGGCCGCGGAAGAUCAGCGGAGGCGGAAGGAGGACAAGCAAGGCGGCGGUGCGGGCAGCGAGUCCAGCAAUGAGAGCGAGGCAGGCUCCAGCGACACCAGCGAACAGUUGAGCUCUAUUCAGCCUGCGUCGAGGGUUCGACACACCACGGCCAAUUCCAACAAUUCCUCGGGAAACGGAAAUAACAAGGAACCUAGGAAACGUGGUAGGAGACCAAAGAGUACGAAAAAUAAUGACAUGGGAGGUGAGGACCAACAACCCCGUCAGAAGAAGGAACGCAGGGACGACAGUACGAGCGGCGGUAACAACGGUCCGGGCGGAAGCGGUGGACAGUCCUUUCGUAAACCGACGAUAUCGCAACUGAAAAAAUCCGGUGAGAGUUGGCUGCAGGACGGCGCCUGUUUCGAGGUGGCUACGAAAUUGGCCAAGUGCCGCGAGUGCCGAUGGACGCCGAACCAGCGUUCCAAGAACUCUCAGAAUAUCUUCUGUAGAUUCUACGCAUUUCGCAGACUGCGUUAUACCAAAAACGGACAAUUGGCCAUAGCGGGAUUCAGUGACCCACAUAAAGACGCGUCCGAGGAUGAUCUUCGAUUAUGGUUACCAGGAGGAAAUAACCAAAAGACAACAGGAAAGAAUGACAAAUCCGAGAAGAACGAGAAGGACAAAGGAGAUCGAGAGGACCUAGACUUAGAAACGGCUCAUCGGCUGCUUUGGCAAGUUGGCGAUCAAUUCUGUGAUCUUUUACAUCAAGAGAAGAACGCCCUCCAAGAACAUAUGGCUGAAGCGAGUUCGGGGGUUGUAGACGGAACAGUAGCGUGGAAACGAGUGAUCCUGGGUGUCCGAGAAAUGUGCGACGUGUGCGAGACUACCUUGUUCAAUGUCCAUUGGGCCUGUGGCAAAUGCGGCUUUGUCGUGUGCAUUGAUUGUUAUAAGGGACGUAAAAAUGGAACGGUCAAAAUCUGGGGCGAGAGUGGAAAAGACAGGGACGACUUUUCGUGGCUUUUAUGCACGAAUAGGCAAGUACACGAACCGGAACGACUCAUGCUUACGCAAAUCAUCGCCGGCGACAGUCUUCUGCGACUGGGUCAACGUCUACACGAAUGUCGUGCAGAAUGGGGAAUUCCGCAACAUUGUGCUUGCUCCCUCGUAACUCCGACGCAACCAAACGAGAUACUUCGAAAUCUGAUCAAAGGUGAUUCUGUGCCCGUUCUCAAUGGAAACGUGAAACAGGAGAUAAAAGAGGAGAAGAAGAUAAAUGAAUCUAACGGUGCAUCGGAGAGCAAGACCAACGGCGAGGACAAAAACUCACCGCUGAACUGGUUGGCCGAUGUAGCACUGCAGAAUCAGGACAAAAACGAUAGCGGCUCGGACUCCGACUCGGAUGAUGAUCGCGAGGGUAAUUACUCGACAUUGCGGGAGUUGCUCAUAAGACCGUCGCACAAGUCAAACGGGAGCGGUGGAUCCAGAUCGAAUUCACCUACGAACAAUUCAAGUGGUGUGAAUAACACCCCGCAGAAUAACGUCGCCAAGUCUGGCAAAAAGUCGAAAAUGGAUACGCUUGACGAAGUAAUAUCCAGUGUGAUCGAACACAGUGUGAAAAAGGAAAAGGACAGUGGUCUUGAUGACGAAAAGCCACGGGAAUUGAAACACUUCGUACGACGCUACAAGUGGACACAGCGCGGUCGUGAGCCAUUACCAAUCAGAAUUAUGACGGGUACAGAGAGCCGGAGUCUUUAUCCAGACGUGCCACACUCUUGGCUCUGCGACGGCAAGUUGCUGAGGUUAAGCGACCCGAAUAAUCCAAACAACUACAGAAUAUUCCAGGAUCAGUGGAAGCGAGGACAGCCGGUAAUUGUGUCGGACGUCGCCAAGGCGCUGGACAUAAAGCUCUGGCAUCCUGAUUCAUUCGCCCGCGAUUUCGGCGAUGAGAAGAACGAUCUCGUUAACUGUAUGACCGGCAAUCUGGUGCCGAAUCAGCCAAUGCGCAAGUUCUGGGAAGGAUUCGAGUACUAUUCUAAGCGGCUUAAGGACGAGCGAGGAAAUCCUAUGCUAUUGAAAUUGAAGGACUGGCCGCCCGGUGAUGAUUUCGCCGAAUUAUUACCAUCGAGAUUCACGGAUCUGAUGAAGGUUCUUCCAUUGUCCGAGUACACGCAUAGAAACGGCAGGCUAAAUUUGGCGAGUCGUCUACCUAAUUGCUUCGUGAGACCGGAUCUGGGUCCAAAGAUGUAUAACGCUUACGGUUCCGCUCUUCAUUCCAACAAAGGCACGACUAAUCUUCAUCUUGAUAUCUCGGACGCCGUGAACGUUAUGGUAUACGUAGGAAUGCCAAAGGAUGUUAAUGACGAGGAAAGUCUCAAAGCUAGGACAGAGGCGUUGAGAGCGAUAGACGAAGCAGGCUGUGAUAUUCUGACGCGUCGACGUGCUCGCGAAGAGAAGGAGAAUGUGCCUGGUGCUUUGUGGCACAUUUACGCAGCGCGUGAUGCAGACAAAAUUCGAGAUCUUCUGAAUGCUGUUGCCUUAGAACGCGGAGCUCGUUUGGAACCUCACCACGAUCCUAUACACGAUCAAAGUUGCUAUUUAGAUGGACCAUUGCGGGAGCGAUUGUAUCGAGAAUAUGGUGUUGAAGGGUACGCUAUCGUCCAAUGUCUAGGCGAUGCAGUAUUCGUGCCAGCUGGCGCGCCACAUCAGGUCCGUAAUCUCCAAAAUUGUAUAAAGGUGGCCGAGGACUUUGUGUCGCCGGAGAACGUUUCGCAUUGCUUCCACCUGACCCAGGAAUUCCGUGCACUAUCCGAUACCCAUACGAAUCAUGAGGAUAAGCUUCAAAUCAAGAAUAUUAUUUACCAUGCCGUGAAAGACUCUCUGACCGUUUUAGCCCAUGUUAAGGAGGAUACUCUCGCUAAACUCGCCAAGGCUAACAAUGAAACGAAAACAAAGGAGGAGACUUAGCCUUAGGUCUUCCCUGUAUGGUGAUAAGACCGAUUGAUAAUCCCCUUGAUUGGAUCUCGUUGUUCGUACGAGAUUGAUCGCAGUCAGCGCUUCCGGACACAGCGAAGUUGGCACACCCGGAAGAAUCUGCAGAAGAAGACCGCCCUUGCUGCAAAAAGAUCGUUGCGGAGGUGCGAGAAUUUGUUGUGAUAUUUGUGAAGAUUUAAUGAUUUUAAUCAGAAGAUUUGAUUUGCGAUAUUGGCUGAGCCAAUGAACAUUAGUUAUAUAUUGUUUCAUUCGAAUUCUCUUAUAUACAAUUCUUUUUUGCUCUCCCAUUUUCCGCGAGAAAAGGUGCCCGCGGACAUGAAGUCCGAUGAGCUGCUCUAUUACGAGUGAAAACAAAAUCCGUAGCUCGGAUCGCGCAUAGAUAAAACGCCGCGUCCAUUACUAUUGUGAUAUAAGAAGGACUUUGGAUCGUAUACAUUUAUUUGUAAUUAAUUAUAUCGUGCCUGUAUCCAAUACAUACACUCAUUCACACAUAUACACAUACA